CAAAACCAAAUAGGAAGCUGACAUUCCUGUACUUGGCCAAUGAUGUCAUACAGAACAGCAAAAGGAAAGGACCAGAAUUUACAAAAGACUUUGCUCCGGUAAUAGUGGAGGCUUUUAAGCAUGUUUCAAGUGAGUCUGAUGAGAGUUGUAAGAAACACCUUGGCCGAGUGCUUUCUAUCUGGGAAGAAAGGUCUGUUUAUGAAAAUGAUGUAUUAGAACAACUUAGGCAAGCUUUGUAUGGAGACAGAAAGGUGAGGAAGCGAACAUAUGAACAGAUAAAAGUUGAUGAAAAUAACUGUUCACCUCGGAGUUCUCCCACUGACCCUCCACAGACCACAGAUCUCAUUAGAGCAUUACAAGAACUAGAAAACGCUGCCUCUGGGGAUGCAGCAGUUCAUCAGAGAAUAGCUUCUUUGCCUAUAGAGGUCCAAGAUGUGUCCCUGUUAGACAGAAUAACAGAUAAGGAAUCUGGAGAACAACUUUCCAAAAUGGUAGAUGAUGCAUGUAUGUUGCUGGCGGAUUACAAUGGCAGGUUGGCAGCUGAAAUAGAUGAUAGAAAACAGCUAACUCGAAUGUUGUCGGACUUUCUCCGAUGUCAAAAAGAAUUCCUUGCAGAGAAAGAACAUAAGCUGGAAGAGUACAAACGCAAGCUAGCCAGAGUGUCCCAAGUACGGAAAGAACUCAGGUCACGCAUCCAGAAUCUGCCUGAUCUCUCUCGACUUCCCAACGUCACGGGCAGCCACGUACACCUACCGUUCGCUGGAGACAUCUACAGCGAUGACUGA